CCCUAAAGUACUACAAGGUACCCUAAGGUGCUCCAAGGUACCCGAAGGUAGACUAAUGUACCCUAGUACAGCCUAAGGUACCCUAAUCUCAUUGUAUUUUGAUAUACUAUAAUGAGGGCUAGACUAAGUCUCUAGCUAAGAACUGCAACGUCUGUGAGCAGGCUAGUUCAAAGAAAGAGCAUGAAAAUUUUGCUAAAUGACUUAUUAUACAAUGCAAAGAUUUCUUUCUACCUGGAGUAUGGACAAACUUAAAUUUCAUCGUCAAUACCCUUUAUUAACGAGAUAAAGCAAAGAUUAAAACUAAAAUCGUUAUUUUCAGGGCAACCCUGGAGGACAAGGACAGGCUGGCGCAGAUGGAACGAAAGGUGACAAGGUAGAAUUUCCAAUGUGAUUUUCUAAGUAGAGUACCUUUUUAUCCUUCAUUUUGCUUUCCUUGUGAAUGGAAAAACACAAGCUUAAUUUCUGGUGUUUCUUUAGGGAGCGAUGGGUGAUCCAGGAAAACCCGGGACACCAGGGGACCCUGGGAGAGAUGUGAGUACAAACUAGAUCAGUGUUGGAUACAAAUAGCUGUGUAAUGUUUCUAGGUUUAAAUCCUUCUCAAAUUCAAUCAAUAACAUAUGAGAAUUUUAUUAUUCAGUCAGACAAAUGCGACUCCUUCACCUACAUACGUACAAUGCGAUUCUUUCACGAUUCCUUGCAUUACAAGUGAUUCCUCAUCAAACAAUACCAUUUCAAAAUUGAAUGAAUACUGCAUAAAAAGACAAUGACGUCAUAAUGACGUCGUUGGCCUGGGAGCCUCGCUUUCAUGAAUAAAUACGAUUGGCUCACGAUUAAUAAGAAUUGAGGCUUCCUGGCGAAUGAGGGAUUUGUGACGUAAUUAUCGAAAGGGUGUAUUGAAUAUAAAUUAUUAUGUACAAUAUUAUCAAUCCAACAAAGCAACAUGUGAUUACUGUGUUAAUUUGGAAGGGAAUGCCUGGGACAGAAGGUCGAUCAGGAGGUCUUGGCCCAGCAGGAUUUCAGGUACGUAAAAUUAAACAUAGCAAGUAAAGUCAAUUCGAUGGUUGAAUCACGGAUGGUGCGAAGCAACAUCUGUGAGUCUUUGUGGUUACUUGAGUGUGGGGUGAGUGUGGGGUGAGUGUGGGGUGAGUGUGGGGUGAGUGUGGGGUGAGUGUGGGGUGAGUGUGGGACAGUUAACAAUGGAAAAUGACCAAUCUGCUUUGCGCGCACUGUUUGCCUGCAAAUCGGGUCUUUCAGAACCGGAAAAAGGGCUGGAGCACGCUUUCGUUCUUUUGAUUUGGCAAAAAGAAGCACGACAAACAAAUGGGUGAAAUGGCAAAAUUCUUACUGUGCCCGGUUUGCAAAAACAACUGCAAACUGCUCUAAUUCUUUCUGUCACUUUCAUUUGAUCUUAUCCGUGAGUCGGCCUCAACGGAUGUUAUCCUAAUCUGCGUGGCUGGCCAUUAUAAAAAAUAAUAGACCUAUCGCACAAGCUAUAGUGUGUUAUACAUAUAACAUAUCACCACUUCUUAUUUCUUACCAGUUAACUAAAAUAGAAAUUACUAUAGAAAGCGCAAAAUGGGAUUAACUACACUUAUAGAAGAUUAAAAAAAAUUUAAUCCCAUAGUGUUCCCCAAUAUGAGGGUGUUGAUGGGGUAUAUCGUGAGUCGUGUUUCACUCAAUUUCGGUUACUGUCAGUCGUGAAAACACUAAAAAUUUACCGUGAAUCGUGAGGAAAAAAUAUUGUUUAUCGUUUCAGAACACUUUUCAAAGAUUUACCGUUAAAAUACCAAAAUGUUACUUAUUGUUACCGUUAAAAUACCAAAAUUUGUACCGUUUAAUGAUUUCCAGACCCCCCCCCCCCAAUUUAGACCCCCCAAUAUAAUAUGCUAUUUAGCGUUUUGAUGCAAUACUUUGAAUGGAACUGUAAUACAAAUGUCUCUUCCAAAAUUGGGUAAAAUCCGGAACGUUAAAUUGCCUCGCCCACUUUGAGUUUGGAUGAAACAUACACUAAGAUGAGUUUAUUUAAACCAUAGUCUGUCAAGAUAUGAUGGUCUGGAAGCUCGACAAACUUCAAAGCCACAAAAAUAAAAUAGAAGACCUUUGUUUGAUGUUGAACUGUAUCUCACCGGGCACAAAUCCUUUGUCUCAACUUCAUGAAAUUUCACCCCAAAUGUUUAUCGUUGUAUUGUAAAGAUCACUUAAAAUGACUUAAUAACUUCGUUUAUAGAAUUUUGGUAACUUGCUUUCCUUCGCAAGAUAUUCAAUUACUUUGUUUCAUAUGCAAAUAUCACCGGUGUGACAUCGCAUCGCAUAAUGAUAUUUUGAAAACGCAAUAUUUUACAUUGAUAGAAUAUUUUUACACACAAAAACAGAAGAUUAAUUACCAGUUAUGAAAUGAAAUACAAGGGCAAUUUUUAAGUUUUUUAGAUACGUAUUCGUCAAGAAAACUAUACUUUUCUGAAAACUCAUUAUGCGAUGUGAUGUCACACCGGUGAUAUUUGCAUAUGAAACAAAGUUGAAUAUCUUGCAAAGGGAGCAAUUUACCAAAAUUAUAUAAAAGAAGUUAUUAAGUCAUUUUAAGUGAUCUUUACAAUACAACCAUAAACAUUUGGGGUGAAAUUUCGUGUCAUAGGCACUUUAAAUAUUAUUCAUCAUGAUUGCACUUUCAUCUCAGCUAUCCUUAUUAUGGAGAUUACUUCAUUCUACGAAAAUACAAUGAGCUCAAUCACCGUGACCAUGCACAAAUUAACAUAAACUCCGACAAAAACAUAAUACAAUUACUUCUGUUCAGUUCCAAUAUGAAGUCCGCAUAUUUUUCUUAGAGCUGGAGCGGGCAACGAAUACUUUGUACUCGUAGAUCGCAAGCACAUAUCAAGAUUGCACUGCAACUAAUGUAGCGGUAAUGACAAAUGCAUUUAGAGAAUAACACAACAUAAAUAUAUCAUGUAUAAACGUCUGUGUUUGGUAACUUGGAUUUUAGUUGACUAUUAGCGCAAACGUUAAGCUUGGAAAAUCAUAAAACAAACAGACACGAUCAGUAUCAGCUCACUUUAAAUUUCGUUACAAUCCUAAUACACAACUUAUUUUAACUGCCAGGCAAACUGCAAACUUCAAGAAUUAAUCAAUAUUUUUGGAAAAAAUUAGCGCGCUCUUCUUUAGUGGUAUACAACGCGGAUUUUUUGAAGUUGCAUAUAGUUCCAGCUACUUAACACUCCGUGGAUCGUUAAGUCAUUAAAUAAUUUUGAAACAAAUGAUAGCGAUAUUCCAUUUAUAAAUGUAAUAUCGCUAUUAUUUGUUUCAAAAUUAUUUUCAAAAACGUUUUUGAUUAAGAGUAAGUCAUAAAAGUUUUUUUAAUUCGUUUUCAGGCUGAAGCUGGGACGGUAGGAUUACCUGGAUUGGACGGAUUGCCGGGACCAAAGGUGCAAAAUAAUAGUGAGAUAUCAUAUGAUUUUUUAUCAGUGUUAAGUUAUUUAUGUCUUUCUAUCUAUCUUUUGCUAUACUUAUAUCGUAUACAUAUUUCAUUUUAUGAUUUUAAACUAAUCGUGUCUUGUCAUUGUAGGGUCCUGAAGGUGAUGCAGGACUACCCGGUAUAGGAGGAUUAAACGGUGGAGGGGUGAGAUUUUUGCUCAAAUUCAUUAAUAAUUCAUGAGAAAAAAACAACGGAAAACAGCACCUCGUUUUUUUGCCGGAGCUCCGGCAGUUUUUCCGACGCCGGAGCCGGAGCAGAAUUUUGUAUGCCGAAGCCCGGAGCCGGAGUUACGUUUUCCCAGCUUCGGCAAAAUGACAAGAAAACAAUAUGAAAUGAGACAAAUGCCAAACGAUUGUUAGUUACUGCAAACUGCCAAUUGCUGUUAAUGAAUUCAUCAUAGACUCAAACUGCCACAGCCCACAGGAACAGCGUCGAAAAGCUGUAAUACGAUCGCAACUUACAAACGUCAUGCUUUCAUGAAGCCAUCUGACUUAGCGCUACAUACUGUAGUCUGUGUAUUUCAUGCCUUGUAGAUAACGAAAAAGUACAAAACAAAUAAAUAUCAACCUUUUGAAAAUGACAGAGUACUUUGUUUGCGUGCGAACAAUUGCGCUGUGGAGUCUGAGAGUGUUAGCGUCAUGCCUCGUGUCAAAGAUUUUUCGAGGCUGGUUUCCAUAUAGAUAUUUUCUGCGUGGUUAUGUGCUUUCACUGUUUUGUUUCCUGAGUUAUGUUAUCUGAUAAUUAGGAAGCACGAAAAGGGUUAUUCAUAAUAAUAUUAAUAAAUGUUCUCUGAUCGUAAAACAUUUAUUUAAUAUUUUAUGAUGUGGCCGGAGCCGGAGCUCAGAGCUGUAAUUCGGCCGGAGCCGGAGCCGGAGAUGAAAAACCGGAGUUUGCACAGCACUAGCCGUCACCUUUUGAAUUUGCGCUGGCACAUUUUAAAAUCUCAAUAAAAUCUUGACAUCUUAAUAAAUAAUAUUUAGUUCUCAGAACCUAAAAUACGAUACAUUUUUGGAGGCACAUUUUGAAGUUAUGAAUUUUGCUUGCAGGCACUAAAUAAUGAGUCCUGAUUUUUUGAAUGCCCACAAUAUUGUGAUGCAGAUACCGCUGUUACGUUUUGAACAGCGUUCUUCCUAACAUCUUCAAGUAAUAUGUUUAAUAAUUAUUGGACGAGGUUGCGAAUCAUCAUAUCGAGAAUUAUCAAGGCAGCGGAGGUUGUGUUAUCUGCGAAGCCAUAGACUGAAGCAGAUAACACAGACAGCGAGGCCUUGAUAAUUCUCGAUAUAUCCAAAUCCAAUAAUUAUUUUAUUAUGCGUAUAUAAGAGGACCUAUGGAAAAUGGUUUUUGGGACUUCGGCAAUUACCUCUUUUUCUUGAGGUUCGCUUAAAAUUUAUCUUUCUCUUUAAAAUAAUCGUUGAAAACGUUGUAGCUCGUUUAUAGUCAAUGAUUUCCGCUUCUUUUUCGUCUAAUAGUUUUUGUAGUUUUCAGUAUACCAAGGCAAAUCUCGCCAUGUAAGUAAUCUUUAUUUUAGGGUCAUCCUGGCCCUCCAGGCUCAGUCGGACCAAGGGGUGAGCGUGGACAAAAGGUAAUUUAUAACUACGAAUAAUUCGCGUACAUUGUUCAGUGGCAUUCUUGUGCAGUUGAUCAUCUCAUAAUAAUUUUGACUUCACAUGCAUUUUUCUUAUUUUUUAUAAUUCCGUUUUACAUCUCUUGUAUGUGCAUUUUAUAUUUAAGUAUAUGCGUGAAUGACAGAAAAAUGCCAUGAAAGAUGUUUUGUGAUACAUCAUAUCAUACACUCUAAAAACACUUUAUCUCACUUUCUACCAUAAUUUGGUUAAUGUAACCAGGAAUCAUGAGAUUAUGUCAGAUGGAUAAUAAUCCACCUAAUUACAUAGUCUGAAGUUUAAGCUAUUCUAUAGUGCUGUUUCUAGUAUACUAUCGAUACCCGGGUUUUGAAGAAAAGUAUCGAUACUGGGAAGAAAUAUCGAUUGUUUCGAACUUCUGAGCCUGCGAUAUUCUUUUCAUUUUGGUCAGCGGACUCAUGAAAAUGAUACCAAAAAGCCUAAAUAGGCGUAAAUACUAUAAACGUAAUUCAUUUUCUAUGGUGCUUCAUGGUCCACAGGCAGGAUCAGAGUUUGUGGUUAUGUUAGUUACAAUCAUGAAAAUAAACGUGUUGAAAACGUAUUCAACCAGCCAACCUCGCAAGCCAGGGUUUUUUUCCUCGCCUCAAGCGUCAUAAAAACCCUGGCUUGCGAGGUUGUCAACCAGCAUGAUUUUGGCGUCGAAAUGAUGAAAAUAGUCUUUUGUUGUUGUGGUUGUUCGAGUUGGGAAAAUAUCGAUAUCGAAAAAAAGGGGAAAUAUCGAGUAAAUUAAUAUCGUAUCGAAUGAAAAAGCUGGUAUCGCCCAUCCCUAAUUUCUAGGUUUAAUCAGAAAAUUUUAACCAGUGAGUUUUUGAUCAGAAAUGUUAACCAGAGUGUAUGAAAUGCAGGGUGGACCCCACUGAAAAACACCGGUGAUGUGGGUAUCCUGGAUAAAUAUGAAAAUAAUAAUAAUAAUAAUAAUAAUAAAUAAGCGAGCACGUGAGCACAGCGAGCAGGAACACCCAUGUCCCACUAUGGGCGCAACAACAUAUAGUUGGCAGACAUUAUUCCUUGAAUUUAAAACCAUGGUCAGCUAGAACACUAUAUGUUUAUGCACAUGCAGAUUUAGCACAAAAAUACUUUUUUCCUGCCCUGAUGAAAUGAGCAAUUUGCAUACGAAACGAAGGUGGCCUUUAUUUUGGUGAUAUUAUAUCUUCAAUUUUCAAGUGGUUUUGUCAGCAAAACUGGUACAAAUUUAAAUACUGUUAGAACUUAAUUGCUUAUUUUUUUUUCGACUUGCAGGGUACAGCUGGUACAGGUACUUUACCCGGUGAACCUGGUUCUCGUGGACCGGAGGUGAACAUUUUUUCACAAACAAUCAAAAUUUAUAGAAAUAUAGCAUCUAGAGUUUAAAUCUUGGUAGUUGUUUUUGUUUAGGGAUUUCUAGGAUCUCUAGGAAGAGCUGGAACACCUGGAGCCUCUGGGGACAAGGUGAAGCGCUUUCGUGUCAAAAUAACGAGAGAUUGAUUUCACUAACAAAAAUAUCUCUAGUAUAUAUAAACGUUAACAACAAGUUAGUUUGAACCUUUUUGUCGAACUAUAAAGAUAUGGCUCAGAUGCCCUGGGUAGGAGAUUGCAGUUGGAAGAUUAAAGUUUUUGAAAUGAAGUAUUUUCUGACCAGUUUGCGUUUUCGGUACUUUGCGAAAGAGUGAGGAAACACCCUCGUAUUUCAUUAACUGAUAGAUUUAGCUAAUGAAACUUAUAUAUAUGCAUGCUUCCAUGUGACAACCGAAGUACCGUGUUUCCUCUAUUCAGCCCGCAGUUGCAUCCAGUCUCUUUUAGUCCUCUCCUUCUAAUUAACCCCUAGUCAAGAAGCGCUGGAAAAUAUAAGACCCCACCCUGUGUAUGUAAUAUUCACUGAUAUGGCUAAAUAAUUGUAAGCUGUAUGGAAAUUUCUCCAAAUAUUUUUUCUCUAAUGAUGAUUCUGUAACUUCAUAUUUUUUUUAAAAGAAAGUAAAAAGUAUUUCUUGGACCAUAAAAAAUGGUUAAAAUAAUCAAUAAAUUGGUUGUCUAAAAUUCAUUUAGAAUCUGCAUAAUUACUUUCUUUUUGCAUUGUGUUUAAAAGUUUUCCAUUAAUUAGCUGGUGUUAUCUUUUUUUAUUUCUAGGGAGAAAUAGGUGAUAAGGGAUUUCCUGGGGAAGAAGGAGAACAGGGUGAAAAGGUAAAGAGUGAACGCAAUAUAUCAAUAGAUCAAUACCACGUUUCGUAAAAUAAGAAUAACCCUACCACAGUGUAAUCGGCCUCAGGACCCAAACUACAAUUAUCGUCAACUGCUGCAUUCAGGGCGCAAGAAGCUUGAUAAGCUUAGCAGGGGAGGGGGGGGGGGAAUUCCAAGAAUUUGUUUGACACCACAAGGGAAUUUCUUUACUUCUUUCGUUAGGCGCUUUCAUUGAUUCGAAUUCUAUCAUGAAUUGUGAGUCUUUGCUAUCCAUGGGUCAGGAUGUAUUAUUAUUAUUAUUAUUAAUUGGCUGAUCGGGGUAAUUUUUCUUAAAAGCUAUUCUGCCCCCACUUUAUCAAAUAUUGGGGGGGCACCGCGGCCACCCCAGCCACCCUGCUUCCUAUACGCCCCUGGCUGCAUUAGUUAUACCAGUUAGAUUCGCUAGAAUUAUAUAUACGGGAGAUUGAUCACUUGUCUUGACGAACUCGGCCACCCGUUUAGGCUUAGCAAUUAAAGUCUCAUCCGUUUAGCCCUAGCGCUAUACAAUAAGAAGGUACUAAACCUGUAAUUACCUUUGUGGAACAUGGAAUGAUUUUACAAACACGGAGAUUUACAUGGUUGAUUUAAACGUAAUAACGAUAUAACUGUCAAAAGAAAUAAGACUUGUUCAGAGUCUUACAAGCCAGUUUUGCAUCGUCUAGGUAUUGUUUACAAAAGGUAUACGUGGUUGAGCGGAGCUCUCUGAAUUGUGUUAGAUAUGUUCCUACGAUUUGCAUAAACCCAUGCAAAGUUUGGAUAUUAUUAACUAAAACUUUAUUCUUAUAGGGUAUACCUGGUCCUGUUGGUGAACAUGGUCAAGAAGGUGAAAAAGGCGCAAAAGUAAAAUUUAUUUUCUUUUAUUUACUCUUGAAUAAAGUUCACCGAAUAGUCAUAUACACACCGUAGCCACCAGUACGGUUGGUCCGAUUCCGGAGCUGCACAGCGAAUUUUCCCCCUGAUGUUUUGACUUUUUACGUCAUAAUUAUAGCUAGCCUUGCGUAGCAGGCUAUAUUGUAGCUAGAAUUAAUAGCUUUAAUAGAGGUUAUUGGAGUUUAUUAUUAUUAUUAAGCUAGAUUCCUAUAUAGGGCUAUAAUAUUAUAAGAGUAACAUUACGGUUAUCAUAACCUUGAAAUUCUUAAAACUCUCCACAAAAUGCAGGAAAUAGUGUCCCAGAGUAUUAGAAAUAAACGGGACCACAUAGAUGUUUCUCGCGUCUUUGGGACAAGAAUUUUCCCCGCACAACAGGACCACUUCGAAAUUGGUGGCUGUGGUCCUGUCCGGUAACAAGUAUACAAUAUAUACUGUUCUAGUGUUCUUUUUACUUGAAGUACAGUACAGUUUUAGGCAAUCGUCCAUUAGACAGUCCAACUGUGUUUUCAUCCAUUAGACAGUCCAAGAUUUUCUUUUGUGUCGAUUUCAUUCAGUUUCUACUGCUCAGAUGACAAAGAAAUACGAUAUGUUUUCGUACGAUGCUAUUCGCAGGCUACACAACAGGCUAACUAAUGAUGUAUAUUUGUCUUUUAGGGAUCAAAGGGAGAAAAUGGAGAUAGGGGAACAUCAGGAACACCUGGAAUAGAUGUAGGUAGAAAACAAUGAUAACACUUUUUGGCGUUUGUGAGUCUAUACCGUUCAUGGUAAACAGCUGUACUAUCAGUUAUGGUUUCCUUGUUACUCUGGUUUAAGUAAAUGAAUACAAUCACUGAUCGAACUGCAUUCACGACACAACAUCACGACACUUCAAUCUAGUGUCUUUAUCAGAGGUCGCAACGGCCAUUCUUGUAUAUUUGGGAAAACUCUUAUAAAUACUCAUAAAUAUGAAUGAUGUUCGCUUUGUUGGCCGAUGACGUCAUCCCUUGAGAACAAGGAGAUGCGACUUUAUAUCAUUUCUUACGUGUUGCGACUUUAUAUCAUUUCUGAUGAAGACACUAGACUGAAGUGUCGAAUAUAAUCCAUUUUAAGAUUACAUUCGUUUAUGUAAAACGGAGUAGGGAGAGAAAACAUGUCUAAUGUGUAACAACUAUUUAUCAAACAGUGACUUGAGACGGCCGUUGUUGCACGGAGGAAUGGGUCCAGGCCUCGAGAAGCCCAAAACACGUUGCUCUCCCAAGGAAACUGGUGUUUUGUUUUACAUGCCAAACGUUAAAUGACAAUACAAACAAUUCGAUUGAAAUAAAAACAGAUUGAAAUAGAAACAUUAAAAAGUAGUUUUCACUUGCGAUAGUCGCCCGUUUAAUUUUUUGACCGCUAUAUUUGAGUAGUUGAAUUUUUCGUUUAAUGAAAAGCCAUGAAAAACUUAGAUACUUGGUAUAUGUUUAUUUGUCAAGGGGCUUAUUAGAGGGUGGACUUAAUAAAUAUCUUUUCCCCCAAAUUGGAAAGGGACUUAUUAGAAAGGGGCCUUAUUGGAGAGGGGGACUUAUAAUGGAGGAUUUAUGGUACAUCUGAUAAUUCUACCUAGGAGGUUGAAUUUUGUAAUAUUCAUUCUUUUUUAUUUGCUGUAUCACUCUGUCGAGUCGGUUUUAAUUUUGUAGCUAGUUUAAUUCUUUUCCCAAUCCCCAACCAAAUUGUAUCAAUGGAAAUGCCUUUAAUACCUGCCAUUUAACAAUGGUUGCCUUUUUGUUGAUAGCAUUGUAUCAAGAUAUUUUUAUCAAGAUUAUUCCUAUACUAUUUGUCCUUGUGAGGACUUAUGAACUAAAGGUUUCAAUUUCUUGUUUGUUAAGGGUGAUCUUGGACCUCCAGGGAAAAUGGGGGGUGCUGGAGAACCUGCACUUGAUGUAAGUGUCUAUAUAUAUGGCCUAUGCUAGUAAUAUUAACUGGUUAAACAUUUUUGCAGAGAUGCACGUUUUCUCAUAAAAAAAGCCGCGCGGGUAGAGGCAGUGACGUAGCCAGAGCUCCCCCCUGGCGAGAUUGUGGGGGCUCCUUGGAAAAAUUCUGAUCAGUACAAAGAAUCGACAUUAUAUUUUAAUUUCUUGUAAUGAACAUUUUUUUAUCUUGCUAUGUUUUGGACUGGUUUGUGAUCAGGUAGAGUUGUUAAUACGUGUUAAAUGAUGAUUCACAAUCACAAAAAUCUAAAACUGAAAAUAGCUGCUUAGAGCUGGACUCUGCAUGUAGCUCAGUUGGUUAAUAGAGCGCUGCACCGGAAUCGGUUUCAGAAACACAAAGAACUAGCGUAGGGUGAAAUUGCUUCCGUCCCUCCUGUGAUUGUUUCGGCUCCCUUGACUAGAAAUCCUAGCUACGUCACUGGGUUGAGCUGCAUGCCGCCAUGGUGGUGUGUAUUGAACCGCAGGGAUGUAUUUGGCAUCAAAUUGCCAAUCUUGAUAUGUUUUCUAGGGUUUACCUGGCGUGUAUGGUAAGAUAGGUACUAGAGGACAGAAAGGCGUUCAGGUAAGAAAAGUAAAGAAGUUAAUAUUACAAUAUAAAAUAAUUUUCCA